UGGAAGGAAGAGCUGUGCUCAAAAGCUGGCUUGUAAUACACUUGAGAGAGAAUGCCAAAGCGUACGAGCAACAGCGCUUUUUAUUUCUACUAUGCUACUAUCAUUUGAAUAGACUACUGCUUAUAUCUACAUAUAUAUCUUUAAAUAUCCACUAUGUAUUUAGUAAUGUGACUGGUUGUUUUUUUUCUUGAUGUGUGUUAUCAGUUUGUGGGUGCCUUAGUGGAAAAUGAAUUAUUAUAUUUAUUUGACUCCAGUCUGCCUCCACAAAUAACUGUGUACAGUGUAAACACUUGCAAAGCAAAGGUCAGAAAGUCAGGUUUGCUGGAGAGGCUAGUUUAAUUACUCCCAUGACAGCGCAUGGUUGGUGAUGUUUGCUCUCCAAGUGGGUUUUGAUUUUCUUUUUUUUUUCUGACCCUUUUGUUGUUUUUCAAAAUCUGGCUCUGAAGAGGCUCUUGGCCUUUUUUUUUCCUCCAUGCUCCCUUUUUAAACAGGAUUACUGGGUGUUCCCAAGGAGUGUUGGGUGGAAGCAGCCCAGUUGGCUGCUUUUGCCAUCUGCGAUGCUGCCACAGAAAACCUCAAAAGGGUCAUGUGAGGAAUGUUUCGGGUCAGCAUUGUAAUUUCUGCUCCAUGCCUGCAGCUGCGGCCUCCCCCCACCCCGAGUUAAUCUGGUGCCUUCUGUCAAGAAAAAGGCAGAGAGUUAGGAACGUCUUUUGCUGAUUUUUUUUUUAAGCUUGUUGGAAGACGGUUCUGCUAUAUCAGCUCUACUUGAGACCAGUUGAUUAAGUUGUCAUAGCCCCGGCCAGUUACAUGAAUGUGCAGUAUUAUGGCUUAUUAUGAAGUUUUCCUGCCACCAAAGGCCUAUAGGACGAAUCUCCCAGCCACUGCCACGUUUUCAUCCAUUGAUGAACAUCAGCUGCUGGUUGGCAUCAAGGGAGGAAGACUGAAUUAAUCCCAGAUGGGGGAACUAUUUCAGCCAAUUUAAGACUUUCCGGUCAAUUUAAGGCAGCAGAAAGGGCAACAGACUGCAGGAAGAAGCAUUUGAAGUGUUAUUUUUAAACAAGAUGUUGGUUGGAGGACCAGAUAAACUUUUAUGAGCCAACGGAGCUGAAAGAAUAACCAUGUGAGAUUUAUUUUCGCUUCCUUGUGAAGUUCUAGACAAAAUCAAUGUUGCUUUUUAUUAAGUCUGAACAGUAGUCUCUGAACAUCAGCAUGUCGACUGUAACGAGCACUCAGACUCUGGAGGACUCUGAUCCACCCCGUCUUGAAGAGAAGCCAAAGGGGAAGGCGUUGUUUCCGUUGGACUCCCUCUUUGCUAAUCGGAGUGAGAAAUUUGUAAUUGCCAGGAGCGACAGCGUACCGGAGGAGAACGUACUAAAAAUCACUAUCACGGAGACCACAGUCAUUGAGUCGGACUUGGGCAUCUGGAAUUCCCAUGCUCUCAUCUACCUCACCUUGUGGUUUUUCUUCAGCUUCUGCACGCUCUUCCUUAACAAGUACAUACUUUCACUGCUGGAGGGAGAGCCCAGCAUGCUAGGUGCUGUUCAAAUGCUCUCAACCACCUUCAUUGGCUGUGUAAAAAUGUUUGUACCGUGCUGUUUGUAUCAGCACAAGACACGUAUCUCUUACCCACCCAAUUUCAUCAUGAUAAUGCUGUUUGUUGGACUGAUGAGGUUUGCAACAGUAGUUUUAGGGCUGGUCAGCCUGAAAAAUGUGGCUGUUUCAUUUGCUGAAACAGUUAAAAGCUCUGCACCUAUUUUUACUGUUAUCAUGUCUCGGAUGAUUUUAGGGGAAUAUACUGGAUUGCUGGUCAAUCUGUCUCUCAUCCCAGUCAUGGGCGGACUAGCUUUAUGUACAGCCACAGAACUCAGCUUCAACAUUCUGGGUUUUUCAGCAGCUUUGUCGACUAACAUCAUGGAUUGUCUGCAAAACGUUUUUUCCAAAAAGCUGCUCAGUGGAGACAAGUACCGCUUUUCAGCCCCAGAGCUUCAGUUCUACACCAGUGCUGCUGCAGUCAUUAUGCUCAUUCCAGCGUGGAUAUUUUUCAUGGAUGUGCCAGUGAUUGGGAAAAGUGGAAGAAGUUUCAGUUAUAACCAGGAUGUCAUUGUACUCCUCCUAAUAGAUGGAGUCUUGUUUCAUCUUCAGAGCGUCACAGCUUAUGCUUUGAUGGGAAAAAUUUCUCCUGUCACUUUCAGUGUUGCUAGUACUGUGAAGCAUGCGUUGUCAAUCUGGCUAAGUAUUAUUGUGUUCAGUAACAAAAUCACAAGUCUCUCAGCCGUUGGAACUGUUCUAGUAACAAUUGGAGUCCUGCUAUAUAACAAGGCAAAGCAGCAUCAGCAAGAAACUAUCCAAAGCCUGGCGGCAGCAACAGCCCCACAAACAACACAAGGGACAGCUGAAGAUACUGAGCCACUAAUUCCCAAGGAGAUAUAGCCAUAUAGUUGAUAUGGCCCUUACUUCUUCCAACCUGGUGUAACUCAAAGGAGCUCCUUCUUAAAUGGCUGCUACUCCAGCAGUUGACAGUGGUUGGUUUCUUUUGAGUCUGCAGCAGGUGAAGAGAUGGACUUGAAGCAGAAAAGAAGGGAAAAAGAAGAGAAAAGAAUCCAGGAAGUCCUUUUUUUACCGAGAAACUGACAUAAAGAGCAGAAGACCGGAAGUCAUAGUGUCAUAAAUACUGGCUUCAGGCUCUUUUCUUGACUCUGCUAAUAAAGCACAAGACUAUUUUGGAGAUAAAACUUCAGUGUUGUAUGGGAAAGUUACUUGUGCCCUGGCCCACCGUGGUAAUGUGAAAACAUGACUCCUCACUGUCUUUUGCUAGCUUGCAGUGGAAUGAAACUGCUGCAGAGCAGAACAUCCCUAUUCACAGCUAUUUGGAGCAUCCUGUGCUGGGUGAAUCGGUAGGCUGUGGCGUGGUGUGGUGUGGUGCAAAGCUGCAGAAUGACUACACGCCCAUGGGUGGAAGUAAAGGAAGUAGUCGCAAAUACAAGAAUAGUGGUGAGGAGCUAGGUCUCUGCAUAAACCAGCAAAGGAAAAUCUGUGGUUUGCUGCUCAAAUUGUAACAAUUGGAGCAUUGCAGCUUUUCUGGUUACUUGUAGCAUUGAUAUAACUUGUGAAACUGAAACCCAGAUAUGCACACACUCCCUUGCUGUAACAUAGGACCUGACACACAUGAGCUGUUACUAUCAGGCAAAAACUACUAGAAACUGCAAUAAUAAAUGAGGCAACAUCAGCAUUUCCAUUAUAAUGAUAUACAUUUCCUCUGGAAUAUAAUUAACUAUGAAAAUCCUGAGAUAGGAGAGGGACUAAUGCAUAAAAUUUUCUAGGGGUGAAAUAAAUACAUACUGCCUUUAAGAAACUCAGGGUUAAAGUCAGUCUUUGGCCUGUCGCGUUGUGUGCAAUUAUUUGAGCAUCUCCUGUGAAGAGACCUGUUUGCUAGAGAGCUGUAUGGAGAUUUUUGAUACAACCAGAGAAGAUGUGUGUUUGGGGGGGAGUAGAGGGGGGAGGAAAAGUUUGAAUCCUAAAAUAAAACUGUCCUGGCAUCUGUGGAUUUUUAACAGUUUUUUUUAAUUUAACAUGAUGCAGUGCUUGAGGAAGGAGCAUGGGGAAAGCUGCUGCUUUCUCCUUUCUGACAUUGCCUGUUAAAAAUGUCACUUUAUAUGAAGAAAAUAAGUGUUUACGUGAAAAAAAAUCUGUGAUAUUACGGUAGUUAUAAACAAAUUAUGGGAGAAGAAUCCUACAGCAGAAUUAAGACUUUUUUGUUUAGUUGUUAUCUCUUACCUGAAAGAUGAUAGAGCAGGGGUGGGCAAAAUGUGGCCCACUAGGCCAUUCUAUCUGGCCCACGGGGCCCCUACAA